UUCCAGUGUAUCAUACAAUGUUUUUUUAAUGAAUUAAAUAUUGUUGAUCAAAAAGGAUUUCCAGAAAGAAAUUCUGUAAUUUCAUUAAUGAAUCAAAAUAUUCAAGAUCCAGAAUUGAAGGAUUUUAUUGAAGAAUCAAUUAUAGAAUGUUUUCGUUAUCUUGAACCAAAUAAACGAGAAAAAUGUGAAUUUUCACAAAAUUUAUUAAAAUGUUUAAAUGAAAAAGGACAACAAAAAUGCGAGGAUUGGGAAAAUUAA